UCCGGCACGGUCGCACGGCAGAGGCAGACCCUCUCUGCGCUUCUACUUCUUCCUCAAGCUCAAGCAGAACCUCCCCUCUCUCUUCUCCUCUCCCAGACUCCCCCACAAACCCUUCUUCCCCGAGCCCAAGCAAGCCGCGCGCAACCAUGUUCCUCACAAGGACGGAGUACGACCGCGGCGUGAACACCUUCUCCCCGGAGGGCCGGCUUUUCCAGGUGGAGUACGCCAUCGAGGCCAUCAAGUUGGGCUCUACUGCAAUAGGGCUGAAGACGAAGGAUGGGGUUGUUCUUGCUGUGGAGAAACGUGUGACCUCGCCAUUGCUGGAGCCUAGCAGUGUUGAGAAAAUCAUGGAAAUUGAUGAGCAUGUAGGCUGUGCCAUGAGUGGCCUUAUUGCCGAUGCGAGAACAUUGGUUGAGCAUGCUCGUGUGGAGACCCAAAAUCAUAGAUUCUCAUAUGGGGAGCCAAUGACAGUUGAGUCCACGACCCAAGCUAUUUGUGAUCUAGCUCUUCGUUUUGGAGAAGGUGAAGAAGAGUCAAUGUCACGGCCUUUUGGAGUUUCUCUCCUCAUUGCUGGUCAUGAUGAAAAUGGUCCCAGCCUGUACUACACUGACCCAUCUGGAACCUUUUGGCAGUGCAAUGCCAAGGCAAUUGGCUCAGGUUCUGAAGGUGCCGAUAGCUCCUUACAGGAGCAGUUUAACAAGGAGUUGACUCUUCAGGAGGCUGAAACCAUAGCUCUAUCUAUCUUGAAGCAGGUUAUGGAAGAAAAGGUGACUCCAAAUAAUGUCGACAUCGCCAAGGUCGCACCAAACUACCACCUCUACACCCCUGCAGAGGUCGAGGCAGUCAUCGGACGAUUGUGAAACACAGAAAUCUUUAUCUUAUGUCAGCCCGGAUACAUAUGUUCUGCUUCCGUACGUUUUACACCUUGAUGGAGGUCCAUGCCUUUCAAUUAGCACAAGCACAAUUGCUGUAUGAUGUUGACCUCUUUUUCAUUUUGAUGUGGUGUGGACAAGGAUUAUAAGAUGAUAGUGUUUGUGGACUUGUCACCUGAGAUCGACAACCUUCUGUUUGAUACGCAGGACUUGCAGCCCAACAUGCAGUAUUUGGCCUUUUCUGUUUGA